GAAAAUAUUUCAAAAUAAUAUACGAAAACAAAUUCAGUGUUAUACAUUGUCUUAAAAACAACUGUCAAUAAUCUGUGUGUAAUCAUGCUUAAGAUUACCGCUUUCUUUUAAUUAGACCUGAAUAGAAAGAAAUGCAACUGAAGUGUGCGUAUCGUUCUUUAUAAUAACCUCGAUAUUGUAGUCAUUUUAGAUCACGCAUAAUUUCAAUGACCUGUGAAAACGAAAGAGGAAGUAAAAUUGUUAUCUGAAGAAAAUGGCGACAGGUGGGUGUGAAGUUACUUCGGAUGAAAUAUUUAGCUUUAAAUGCACGCUUUGUGCCAAGAAAAAUAAGAACCGAGAAGCGGUAAAGUACUGUGUGGAGUGUCAAGGAUAUUGUUGUAGGUCAUGUGUAGACAUACACGAAGAUUUUCCUACUUUAGAAGGGCAUCAGCUUCUUGAUAAAUCAGAUUUUAAGUCGACAGGUAUUACGACGGACCUCCCGGAUUUACCGACCUUGAGAUGCAAGAUUCAUACAGUAAAGGUUAUGGAUAUGUACUGUGGAAACCAUGACGUGGUGGGUUGUACGAAUUGCAUGGCUUUGACGCAUAGGAGUUGCAAAGACGUACAACUGAUACCCGAUAUUAUCAACACUAUUUUCAAAAAAGAAGACGCAGAUGCAAUAACACUAAAGCUACAGGAUAAGAUAAAGCAGUUGGAAAAAAUUAUACAGACGCGUUUGUCACUUCUUAAAGAGUUAAAAGAUUCGAAAGCUGAAGCAAUAACUGCGAUUGCAAAUUUCAUAAAAAAAUUGGAGCUUGUACUUCAAAAUCUUAAAAAGGAAUCUAUAAAAGAAGUUGAAGAACACUAUCACAAAAGGGAUUGUAUGCUAGAGGAAGAAAAGAAGAAAGCUGAAACUGAAUUGAAAAUAAUUAAGGAAGCUGAUAAUGAUAUUCGGCAACCAGAAGCGAACAAAACUCAAACAUUUGUCAAUAUGAAAAUCGCUCAAGAGAAAACUAGAAGUGCAGAUGACGUCAUUAAUUCUCUGAAGACACCUUCUAACACAAAAAUAAAAUUUCAAGUGAACACAGAUAUACGAGAUACUUUGCAUCGAUUAAAGUCAUUAGGAAAACUCAACAUUUCUUCUUCCGCAGCCUUGAAACCAAGAACAAGUGUCUAUUCAAUUACAAGCACAAAUGAUAUGAAUAUCAAAUUGCCAAAUGACAAAACAACAUGUCAUAUCGUCGGAUCAUGUUUAACAGAAACAGGAAUGCUGCUGUUGACUGACUAUCUCAAUAAAAAGCUGAAACGUACAUACCUUACCAAUCUGUCUGCGAUAGAUCAAUGCGACUUUCCAGAAAGUCCUUGCUUUGUUUGCGCUAUAAAUGAACAGGAAGCAGCCGUAACCUUUUUAAACAACACAAUUCAGAUUAUCUCUCUUGGGAACCAAAUGACACAAACACGGCAACUAACCAUUGGUCAUCGUUGUUACGGUAUUGCUUACAUGGAAAACAAACUGUACAUAACAGAUAACAGUUCUUCCCUUUACAUACAUGAUAUGGCAGGUAACUUGCUGCAGACAGUCUCAAAAGACAGUUACGGGAGUACUCUGUUUACGACCAGCAGAGACAUUGCCUUCAGCGUCAACAGAGACAAAAUGUUCGUCGUUGAUUUCACUAACAGGAUGAGAACUCUUGAUAUUCAUGGAAAACAUACUGAUACAAAUACCGAUUCAGAUUUAGUUAAAGUUUCAGGAGUUGAUACUGACAGAAGAGGCAACAUAUUUGUAUGUGGAUGGGGAUCAAACAACAUUGUACAGAUAGGACAAGAUGGAAAGAAGAAAGGAGUGAUCGCAACAGCAUCAGAUGGACUCGCGAAUCCAUUCUCCAUUUGUUUUGAUCCAAAACAGAGUGUGUUAUUUGUCACUCAAUCAAGUAAUGACAAAAUGAAAGUCUUUAAUUUGAAAUGAACAUGCUAACACUAUACAGAUCUUGACAAAAAAUAUCCAGCUGGAGUGCAAAGACACCGAAGAAGGACUUUAGUGUAUUUUAUGUCACACAAAGAAACACAAAAAUAAAAAUGAUAACACUAUACCAAUCUAGACAAAAGUCAUUGUUGUUUCAGUAAAGCUUGUUUUGUAUAAGUGCACAUACACUGAAAUCAGAUUAGAAUAAUAUUAUUUACCGAAUGGCUUGCCGGUCAAUAGACACAACUAUUAGCCGGGGAUUAAAAUGUUUUGUAAUAUGACAUAAAAAUAAAUUUCAAAGAGC